AUGUAUUCGUUGAGAUCUCGUCGAGCGAAAAUUCUUCUGUUUUCUUCAUCUUUUGCUGUAAUUGCCUAUCUUAUUCGUCGCUAUCGUCGAUCAGCUUUAUUGAAGAAACGUCGUGCACUCGUUAUUUCAAAAGAAUCACGCACUACUGAUGCUUCAUCACCAUCAUCACCCAUUCGUAACGCACUCAACAAACAAUUUUAUCAUCAACUUCGAGCUUUAAUUCGUAUUCUUAUUCCAAAUGUAAAAAGUGAUUCAUUUGCUUUGCUGAUACUUCAUUUAACCACAUUAAUCACCCGAACAUUCCUUUCCAUUUACAUAGCACAUCUCGAUGGUGCUAUUGUUAAAUCUUUAGUACAACGAAAUCCUCGUCAGUUUUUUCGAACCAUAUGCACUUUUAUUGGCGUUGCCGUUCCCGCUAGUUUUAUCAACAGCUCAAUUCGUUUUAUAGAAUCAAAACUUUCGUUAGCAUUGCGUACGAGACUAACACAACAUGCAUAUGAAGCUUAUUUCAAAAAUCAAACUUAUUAUCGCGUUACAAAUUUGGACAGUCGAUUGUUAACACCAGAUCAAAAUCUAACUGAUGAUAUUGAAACAUUCACGUCAACAUUGACACAUCUAUUUUCACAUUUAACAAAACCGUUUUUUGAUAUCGCCGUCAUUUCAUGGUCGCUUAUCGCUAUGGUUCGACAACGAGCAACAGCACGUGGUCUUAAAGAGGUUCCUGUCAUGACAAUGAUCGUUUUUCUCAUCACAUUUACGGCUCUUCGGAAAUUAUCACCUCGGUUCGGUAGACUUGUUUCGGAAGAAGCACGCCGACGAGGUAUACUUCGUUUCGCUCAUACAAGAGUUAUUGCUAAUGCUGAAGAAAUCGCCUUCUUCGAUGGUCAUCAAGUCGAGAAAAAUUGGGUUUUGAAAUUAUAUGAUCAAUUACGUGAACAAACCAAUUUGAUUAUUAAGAAAAAACUGUGGUUUAUCAUGCUCGAACAAUUCUUGAUGAAAUAUUUUUGGCAUGCAAGUGGAAUGAUGUUUAUUGCUAUUCCUUUUCUUACCUAUGAUGGGCCACCAGAAACUGAUGAUCCUGUUGGAGAUCCACUUGGUAUUAGCGCGCGUACAGAAGCAUUUACUGUUAGUAAAAACUUACUGACAUCCGGUGCUGACGCACUUGAACGAAUUAUUUCCUCGUACAAAGAAAUCGCAGAACUUGCGGGACAUACAGAUCGAGUUUAUACCAUGCUUCAUGUUUUUGAUGAUUGCGCGAAUGCACAUUAUCAACGGAAUCUAGUAACAACAGAUGAAAAUCAUGAUGAACAUUCGUCAUCUGUGGUUGCAAAGAAAAAAGUUGCAAUUAAUCAACGUGCAGAAGGCAAAAUAAUUGAAUCUGACGAAGAUAUCAUUGCUGAAGAUGUACCCAUUAUCACGCCUAACGGUGAUGUUAUUGUUGAAAGUCUCUCACUAAAAAUCACACCAGCUAUGCAUGUCCUUAUAACUGGACCAAAUGGUUGUGGCAAAUCAUCAUUUUUUCGUAUUGUUCGAGGUUUAUGGCCUGUCUACUCGGGUCGUCUCCAUCGACCAGAUCCAUCCAGUUUCUUUCUUAUUCCUCAACGACCUUACAUGUGUCCAGGGACAUUACGUGAUCAGAUUAUUUAUCCACAUACAGUGGCCAAUGCCUUUGUUGACGAUACAAAACUAAUGGAAAUUCUUGACAAUGUCGAAUUAAAAUAUAUCGUUCAACGUGAAGGUGGUUUGAGCGCUGAACGCGAUUGGAAAGACAUUCUAUCUGGCGGAGAAAAGCAACGGCUUGGUCUAGCACGAAUAUUUUAUCAUCGACCACGCUAUGCUCUGCUUGACGAAUGUACAAGCGCUGUAUCCAUUGAUGUUGAGGGUAAAAUAUAUGAGAGAGCGAAAGAACUAGGCAUUUCAUUAUUGACAAUUACUCAUCGACCAUCACUCUGGGCAUAUCAUACACAUUUAUUACAAUUUAAUGGCGAUGGUCGGUGGACGUUUGAAAUACUUAACACUGAGAAACUUUUGACAUUGCAAGGCGAAAAAGAGCGUCUUGAAACACAACUAGCUGGCAUUCCAAAAAUCCAACAACGCUUGAAUGAACUGUGUCAGUUACUUGGUGAUGAUACAACAGCACCUACAACAAGAGAAGAUCAAGACCAUGAGGGCAAAAAUAUUGUGUCUCCACUUUUAUUUCAAUCUACAUCAAUAAAUAUUUUUCGCGCAAUGCAUCAAUUCGCUAUCUUGAUCCUUUUUGUUGCUAUUCUUGAAUUUAAUCACGGAUGUUAUAUAACCAACUGUCCAAUUGGUGGUAAACGAAGUUCAGAUCUGGAUAAUGAAUCGUACAAGCAUCAAUGUCCACGGUGUGGAUUUGGUGGCCAGUGUUUUGGCCCAUCGAUCUGCUGUAAUGGCUUAGGUUGUCGCAUCGGUCAUCCAUCCGAUGUUCGUCAAUGCUCAAAGGAAAGCCAUAGUCUCACACCAUGUGUGAUCAACUCGGCUGUUUGCUCCAGCGUACCGAACGGUCGAUGCGCUGCUCAUGGUGUAUGUUGCGGAACAGAAUCAUGUCAAAUAGAUGAAAGUUGUUCGGAAGCAUCAAACCAAGAAGCUGACAACUCAAGAGAAGAACAUUUACCACAUUCCCGAUUCACACUUUUACAAUGA